AGACGGAGGUGCUUAACCCCCCUGGCAGUAUUCCCGAGUGUAGCUCGGGGUAAAGUUUCAGCACCACAAGCGGUAACCCCGAGCUACACUCGGGAAUACACUGCAGCGUUGCUCCGGGAUCUCUUCUUCUCUUACCUUGUCCUGCGCUCCCGCGAUGUCCCCCCUGCAGCUGUCCCCUGCAGCAUCCCCGGCCGGUGCCGCAUCUGUCUUCUGGGUUCCGUUCCCUGCGAGCGUCGGGACGUACGGGGGACGGAACUGGCGGGAAAUUUGAAAAUGUUAAAAGUGACAUUCACUAAAUACACUAAAAUCACAUAGUAUAACAUUCCUGUAUCAAACCAUUUCACAUACAU